AUGGCGAUCUGUCAUUGGUUCUGUCCUAUCGCCAUCUCUGCCUACGAUUUGACAGAACCAAUGGGGCCCACAAGUCUGUCAACUACUGCAAAGCUGGACUAUGGUAGUGAUGAAGAUGACGACUUCAAGCCAGCUGAAGCACCGCCGUCUAAGCGUCCCAAGCCUGCUGUCAAGGAAGCGCCCAAGAAGGCUGAGAAGAAAACCAAGCCUGAUAGCGUAGGCAGCACAAGUUCCAGUGCUGUCAAUGAGAAGCAGAAGGCAGGGAGGGCAUCCCUGGAUGACAAGCUGUUCCAGCGAGACCUGGAAGUGGCACUGCGUCUCUCACAGAAUGCACAGGCCUCGGAAGGACAGUGCCUGGAGACUGGUCCUGAACAUAAACCUGCGGACAGUAUCGUCGAGCAAAAUGGUAUAGCCACGUUUCCGGACAACCUCGAGCUAGCUGGUGAGGUGGUCGUGCAUUCCGAGCCAGGCCCAGAAACCAGCAAGCCUUCAGUGCUAGCAGAGGCCAAGGAGGAAGAAGACUAUCAGCCGGAGAAAGAAGAGAGCUCUGAGGAGGAGGAGGAGGACGACGAUGCCUCGGAUGAAGACUAUGGAGGAGACAGUGGCAGUGAUGACGACGGGGAGUUUGCCCCUUCGAAGGUCAAGGCCUCACGUUCCCGCAAGGAACCUGUGGCCAAAAAGCCUCCAGCUGCUCCCAAGAAGGCGGCAGGUGCUGCAAGAACAGCGGCCAAAAAAUCUCCUGCACCAUCAGCCGCACCCCAUGCAGCCACGAAGGGCCCCGCAACGAUACGUGGCAAGAUGCUAGCAUCGAGUGCAUCAGCCAGCUCAUCGCCAGUAUCGCCACCGGUGCCGCGGGUGGCACCUCGCCUUGCGGGAGCGCCAAAAUCCUCGCCAAGUGCGGCUCCACGGCCCUUACCACAGCGAACUGCUCCUGAAGGCAAUGUGCCAAUGACUGUGCCCAAGUUUUCGAGCGGCCAGUUGCCGGCUUCAGGGAUUCGGCUUGGCUUGUCGCGCCGCUCAGUGAGCAAGCCACUUCACAGUGUCGUCAAAGUGCAGCAGUGAGCUUGUCAAGCAUACCUUGGACCAGCCGUGCAUUGGUAUGAUGGAUUCAGUGAAUUCUGGACUGCGUUUGUGAUGACUUCAGAAAUUCCUAAGAUUAGUGAAUUGGGGAGUACGUCUUCAGGUGUAAUGAAGGGGGGAGGACACCUUCGAAUAGGCAGCCCUAUUUUUAGAUUUUUAACCUCCGCACUCACGAAUGGGCCUCAAAUCGAAGCCCUUCGUCAACUCCACCGAGUGCAGCACAGCAUCGCUCCUCAUCUGAAGAAUGCAUUGUAUUUCAGUAACGUUCCUUGGUGAUUCCUAUGAUGAAGAUUUGCUUGAGAAGCACAAAUUCACUCCAGCGCAUUUGCGUAGCCGCUGAGAGUGCUUGGUUACAAAACAUAUUCGCGUAGGAACCGUCGUGGAGUGUCAUUGAAGUGCAAAGACCAUUUCAGUCACGGGGUUGUGCUGCCACUCACUUUUCUUGAGACAAUGUGGGGUGUAGAGUAGAGGAACAUACCAGAACGUGGAGGUAAAUGUUUUUAUGUUGUAUAUUGACUGGUGAGUCUUGACGGUCAAAUUUGACUGGUCAAUCUGGAGUUGGGUUGUGUGUUGGCAGCAGAGCCGCUCUCGCUUACUUCAUUUCCCGGGCACAGGUCCAGCAGGAAAUUCAAGGCUGCAACAUGUCACCUUUUUUUCUCCUUGAGGGACGAGCAUGUCCGGUAUUAAGUAUGUCGUGUGAACAUUGGUGCGCAGCACUUUGCUCUUCUGCAUGACAGCCAUGUUUUAUGCUGAUGUGAGGCUCAAUUGGCGUAUCAUACAUUAUGGACAGCAGAAGUGGGGACACCGAAAUUACCAUAACGUUUCAUAGUCGUAAAAACAUUGGUUCACUAGAAAGCACGUACCAUUUCUGGCAUGGGGUGCGCGGGCCAAGUUUCUGCGGUAAUCUAGCACGGCACAGUUUGUUUUCCACUGGCAGAUUUGAAUUAGCAAAAUAUAAGCAUGCCUUUGAGGAUUUGUUGGGUGACUGUUCCAGACUGACCACGGGAAUUUACUGUCAGAUAUCAGUAUUUCUUGCUGUACAAUGACAAGAGACAGUGGUGCCAGGAAAAGCAUAGGAUUUUUCGUGUGAAGACUAAAUUUUUCUUUGAAAUGUGAAAAUUCUUACUAAUUUAAACAUAAUUUACUGUUUUUAGGCAUUUUAGUUACAAACAUAGUCUAUUUCCUCUGUGCUUUGCUUGGCAUCAAUGUCUGUCAGCCUUAUGUUGUUGGUUCUUGUCUAAGUACCAAGCUGUUCAGUUCUCUUUGUUCGUAUUACAUAUUAGACACAUUAAGAAUGAAGGUUUUAUGCUAGAGUGCAAGUAAAGUUGUGGUUGUUUUCUGCAA